AUGAGAAAAGUAUUCCUCGUUUUAUUUUUCUUUACUUUAUGUUCAUCACGUCGGAUUCACAGUAAGUACGAGACAUUUAAUAAUUGGGUAGAACUCAUGAACCAAUAACUGAUUAGAAUUUAACGCGUUAUAGCAUUAGAAGCGUUCUCAAUAGGGUUCUAAAUAGCGUUCCAGUUUAAAUAGCACUAGCAUUAGAAGCGUUCUCAAUAGAGUUCCAAAUCGCGUUCCAGUUUAAAUAGCACUAGCAUUAGAAGCGUUCUCUAUGGGGUUCUAAAUCGCUUUCCAGUUGCGUUCUAAUUGAACUGGAAUGCGUUUGAAACGCAGUGCAUUGGUUGACGAUACCACUUACAUAGACGCAAUUUUUUUGAGAAAUCUUUGAAGACGUUACUGUUGCAGCGAGACGUACAAUGUUUUUGUCUCUAUUCUGACAAGGACACCUGGAUUUCACUUGGGGGAACUCGAUCAAAUACUGUCCCUUUUCGGUGACGGAUUUCACUUCCCGGAAAUCAGUUGGGUACGUACACUUCAGACAUUCAAAUGUAUAAUCCAUGUUUUCUCCCAUUCUUUUUCCAGAGCGCUCAGAAGAUGUAGAUCCAUUACUGAAGGAAUUAUUUAGUGAGAUCAAUGAUCCGGUACCUAAAGAUCGUAGGGAUGGUCAGACCUCCGGGGAUCAAGAUGCCGGUACUACCACCACAGGCUCUCCUGAAAAUGAUACCCCUACUGAUAAACCUGCAAAAUCGGGCAGUGAGAAUACUGACGACAACCUAAUGAACACUGAGGCUGCAUCUGAUAAACAGACUAAUGCCACGCCCGAAAAUAAGGAUAAGACUACACCUGAUUCUCAGGCUAAGAGCACGGACAAUGACGCUAAAGAGACUGGGGCUAGUAAGGAUGAUGCAUCCAUGAACACCCCUUCGUCAGAUACAGAUAGUGAAGUAUCGGAUGAUAUGUCAUCAAUGGCCACUACUGAUAAUACCAAACCCGAGCCUUCAAGCAAAGAAUCAGCGGAUGAAUCUUCAAUGAGUGAAGAAAAUCCAGCGGUCGCACCAUCUAAGUCUGAGCCGUCAGACAAGCAGUCAGCGAAAGCUUCCAAGAAUGAGCCUGCGGCUAGUGAUGCUGAAAAACCAGAGGUAGUUUCGACCGAGAAGGCGUCAGCUAAUCCUGAGCCUUCCACCAAACAAACAGCGGAAGCAGAUAAAACUGAGCCUACAGUUAGUGAUACUGAAACACCAGCGGUCGUUCCGUCCAAGCAAGCGUCAGCUAAUCCUGAGCCUUCAACCAAACAAACAGCGGAAGCAGAUAAAACUGAGCCUACAGUUAAUGAUACUGAAACACCAGCGGUCGUUCCGUCCAAGCAAGCGUCAGCUAAUCAUGAGCCUUCUAGCAAACAAACAGCGGAAGCAGCUAAAACUGAGCCUACAGUUAGUGAUGCUGAAAAACCAGCGGUUGUUCUAUCCAAGCAAGUGUCGGCUAAUCCUGAGCCUUCAAGCGAACAAACAGCGGAAGCUACUAAUAAUAAGCCUGCAGUUAGUGAUGCUGAAAAAUCAGCGGUCGUUUCGUCCGAGCAAGCAUCGGCUAAUGCUGAGCCUUCGGGCAAACAAACAGCGGAAGCAGCUAAAACUGAGCCUGCUGUCAGUGACAAGGAAAACUCGGCAGUUGCUGCUCCGGGAAAGGAGUCCCCAGCGCCUUCAGACAAACAGUCAGCAGAGGCUGUGGAAAGUGAGCCUGCAGUCAGUGAUGAACAAAAAUCAGCAGUAGCGUCAUCGGAACAUGCGUCAUCGAAUGACAAAAUGGAGAAUGAAGGAGAAACUGAGGCUACAAAUUCUAAAGACAAAUCAGAAGAGACUGCUAUGGGCGAAACUGCGAGCGAAACGUCAGCGGCUGCUCCUGCAGAAACACAAGAGACUCCUGCUGCUGACACGAACACAGGUAGUCAAGGUGACGAUGCAGCCAGUCAAAUGCCGAGUUCUCCAAGUACUGUAGAAAAUACUGCCGCGGGAAAUAUCGCUGAGACUCCAGCGAGCAAUAUGGUUGCAAGUGACCAGAACGGGAUGUCACCACCAAGUAAUGAUGGUAAGAAUCGAUCAGGGCUCGAAACGUCGAAAUUUAGAACUGAUAGAGCUAUCCAGUAUAAAUAAAGUUAGUUUAGUUUAGGUUUCCUCCUGUAGUAACACUGGAUUUUACUGGAUCAGUAAGAGAUGAUCCUUACUGAACUUCUAGGGAGAGCAGUUGAUCAAUAAGAGAUAACUCUUACUGGACCUCUAGGAAAAGCAGUUUAGAUCUGAUAGAGCUAUCCAGAAUAAAUAAAGUUAGUUUAGUUUAGGUUUCUUCCUGUAGUAACACUGGAUCAAUAAGAGAUGUUCCUUACUGGAUCUCUAGGAAAAACAGUUUAGAACUGAUAGAGCUAUCCAGAAUAAACAACGUUAGUUUAGUUUAGGUUUCCUCUUGUAGUAACACUGGAUGAAUAAGAGAUGAUUCUUACUGGACCUCUAGGAAAAACAGUUUAGAACUGAUAGAGCUAUCCAGAAUAAAUAAAGUUCGUUUAGAUUAGUUUAAUUUUCGUUUGUGUAGAUAUAUUUGUGUAUUUUUCUCGUUUAGCUGACAUGCGCAGUAACUUUCCAGCAUCACCGUCCACGUUAUCACAAGCCGCCUGGUCAGCGGCAAGUCCACUUUCAGUCGCGCCACAAACUGGUGGAACGAACGAGAAACAGGGCUCUGUCAAAAAGGACAGCAUUCCCGCAGCUCCUGUGCAGCCUGGCAGUUCCUCAUUUCCUCUGCAGCUCAACAAACACUCGCCCGGUGCAGAGUUGAUAAAGAGAUUCUUUAUUGCUAAGCAAGAAGGUAUGAUUUAUGUUUUAUGUUCUGUACAAAAUACCAGGGGUAAGUUGAACAAAGGUCAGAUGGCGUUAACCCUUUAAAAUUUGACACAGAUUACGGAUUUUAUUGAUUUACAGAUUUUAUUGAAAAACAGGCUUGCAAUUGACAUUUACAUUAAAUUUACAUAUAAAGUUAAUAAAGAGAAGAAAGAAACGUGAGUGAAAUUUUUAUAGAAAGUGAGUCGUGUGCAGUGUCCAAAGUAGCAGGAAGUUUUCGAGUUGGACACUCGUGACAUAUCAUGUGUCAUCCAGACUUUAGAAAAAGAGACAAUGUAGUACUAUUGUGAAAUUAAUAAAAUUUGACAAAAUUUCUUCUUAAAUUGAAGUAUCAAGUAUGACCCUAGUAUCUGUAGUUUCCCAAUUUUUUGAUGAAGUGAAUGCGAACGUUCGGGUUUCAUAAUUAGUUCUUGCCUUUGGUCUAAUAAUAUUGUGGUUACUGACAAAUCUGGUUUUAGUUUUUUGCAUUUCUACUACACGUCUGUUUAUUUCAAGACUUCAACAUAUAGUUUCUUUUUUUGCUAAAUUUUGUUUUCUAUUCAGCUAAAAAACGAAACGAGGAGCAAGCGAAAGUGAAGUCGUUAAUUGGUGAUGGAAAAUAUACUGUUAGCUCUGAUAAUGGUGAGUUUUAUAUCUUUAAACGAUAUUGAUGAAUUUCGCUGCAGUUGUAAGGGCGUUUCCUGUUUGACUAUACCAAACACAGGCGAUCACCUCUGGAUAAGGGAUGACCCUUACUGACCCUCUAAAGAGAACAGUUUAGAACUGAUAGAUCUAUGCAGUAUAAAUAAAGUUAGUUUAGUUAAGGUUUCCUCCUGUGAUAACACUGGAUCAAUAAGAGAUGAUCCUUAUUGGACCUGCAGGAAGAACAGUUCAGAACUGAUAGAGCUAUCUAGUAUAAAUAAAGUUAGUUUAGUUUAGGUUUCCUCCUGUAUAAACACUGGAUCAAUAAGAGAUAAUCCUUACUGGACCUCUAGGAAGAACAGUUUAGAACUGAUAGAGCUAUCCAGUAUAAAUAAAGUUAGUUUAGUUUAGGUUUCCUCCUGUAGUAACACUGGAUCAAUAAGAGAUGAUCUUUACACUGGACCUCUAGGAAGAACGGUUUAGAACUGAUAGAUAUACAGUAUAAAUAAAGUUAGUUUAGUUUAGAUUUCUUCCUGUAGUAACACGGGGUUAAUAAGAGAUGACUGUUACUGGACAUCAAGGAAGAAUGUUUUAUAAAGCAAUAUGUUGACAUAGUGAACAAAUCUAAGUGAUCCAUUGUGUUGUUUUUAGGUUAUUAUAACUACGCGGCUACACCGUCACUGCCCCCUGCAACUCCGUCUGGCCUUACUGAUAACGGUCAAAAAGGUAGUAAGUACAAAUAUUUUGUAUCGUCGUGUGAGGCAUAUCUCAAUCUUUUCAUGCAGUCGCACAGGAGAUAUGCCGUUCAGUAAUCUGUUUACAUUUAUGUAUCUCUAGGUGUAUGUGUGGAUAAAUAUGACAGUUGUCCUGAAUUUGCAAAGAACCAUUACUGUACGGAUUAUAAGACUUUGAUGAAAGUUCAGUGUCGAAAGUCCUGCAAAUUCUGUGGUAAGUUCACCAGUUGGUUAUAGUGGUAGGGACCCUUUCUGUUGAGUUAAGACAUGAGUUGUAUGGUGACGACCUGUUUUAGACGUCGACCUUCCGACCAAUUCAAUUCUUCAAUUUUUCUGGGAUGAAUAUUGUGAGCAAGAUAAACCAUGGACCACAGAAUUUCCCUUCGACUAAGUCCAAAAUUGCCAAGUUAGAGCAAGAAUAAUGUCCUCUACCUUGAUUUCUAGAUGGUGAUGAGGAAGAUGAUGAUGAUGACGACGAUGAGGAUUCAUUUAAAGUCGCAGGCAGUCCUAAAAAAAGCAAUGAUGAUGAUGAUGACAAUAAAAAGGAUGAUGACAAUAAAAAAGCUGAUGACAAAAAAGAGCAGAAAGAUGGCGAUGACAAAAAGGCAGAUGACAAAGGUACGUGGUGAUUUUAAAACGUGGCAAAAUAUUGACAAGUUUACCUUGCCUAGGAGCAUUGUUACAAGAAUUUCUCCUUGUGUACAUCCGCCCAAGGAAAAUUUCACGUUAAACGUACAAAAAUAUACAAUGAAUUAUAAAUACUUUGUGGUUUUGGCAAACAAAAGACCUUGAUAUGAGAUAAAUGUUUGAAAACAUUCCGUGCACACGAGCGACAGAGCUUGUCAAGGAAAGUCUUGUUGACCGUCACCUUACGCACAAGAAUGUACACUUUGGAAACUUGUCAAGGAAAAUUUGUUGACUGUACACACGAGAAGGUUAACUUGUCAAGGGAAACUUGUCGAAGGAAAACUUGUUGACUCUACAUACGAGAAGGUAAACUUGUCAACGGAAACUUGUUGACCGUACACACAAGAAAGUAAACUUGUCAAGGGAAAAUUGUCAAGGAAAACUUGUUGACUGUACCAACGAGAAGGUAAACUUGCCAAGGGAAACUUGUUGACUGUACACAUGAGAAGGAAAACUUGUCGAGGGAAACUUUCUAGCCUGUCCAGGGCUUAACUCUUGUUAACAACAUUCUUAUUUAUUCUUACUCAAUUAGGAAAGAAAGAGUCAGACGAUGAUGAUGAUGACGACGACGAUGAUAAAAAACCUGACAAGAAACUCGACUCAGCCAAGCACGCUGAUGAUGAUGAUGAUGAUGAUGAUGAUCUGGCUAGUGUCUCAUCUGGGAAUGACGAGGGUAGCUCGGGUACGUACAGUGGAUAUUUGGACUGUACAGAAUGUACAGUAGAACUCCGCCAUCUCAAGCAGCCAAGGGAAACAACAGUUAACCACGUUCGAGACAAUUGAGUAAAAAUGAUUAAAAUAGUCUUUGUAAAUUCUCGGGAGAUGGAUUUAAGUUCGAGAUAGAUUCGAGCUUCAACUGUAUUUGAAGAUCUUUUAUGACUACCAAGUAAUUUUCAUUUCUAAUUCUUACUGUUCUUCGUCUCACUCUGAAUGGAGCCUGACAAAAAAACUUCAAUAAUUUGGUCGGCAAAUUUCAUCUACCAAAUUCUUACUAGAACUCGUGUUAAACUAUUUCUCGUAACGUAGAUUCAAAAGAUAAGAAACCCUCAAGUUCUGAGAAAGACGAGAAAGACGAGAAGUUCCAAGACGUGGAUGCAGGAUCUUCAGAUUCCGGGAAAGGUUCUGGCAAAGGAGAAGAUCUCCCACCAACAGCAGAAGAAUUCGAAGAUGAGGAAGAAGACGAGAAGAAAGCAAAGGGAUCUGGGAGCGAGGGUGACGACAGCAAGGAGGAUGAUGAUAGCGAUGAGUUGGCUAAAGGUAUAAUUGUGAACAGUAAUGGAUAACAUACCUAAAUCGUUAAACAUUGGAGGUAGCCAAUGAUUUUUUGAACUACUAGUUGUUUCCUACAAAUUCAAUCAACAUAGACCCUGUACUUGUUUCUUUGUCUUAAGAUUUAGCGGAACAAGAACUCUUCAAUGAGCAAAGAACAAAGAAGAAUUCAAUCCCUCGACCUCAACCCGCGAUACCCGCAGCCUACCCUAAAAUUGACCUCAAGGACAUCGCUCGCUAUGUGUCGCUGUAUCGUAAUGUUGCAAAGAAACUUUUUGGAGAAGCUUUGGACAGCGCUAAGAAAGGUAAUUAUGACUACCGCAAAAUUGUAUUACUCCGAUCCCUGCUUGUUGACGAUUGUCUGCGGCACGAUAAUUCUUUGUAAAACACGCGUAUAUUGAUAAAAUUUAAUGCUUCAUUAUUUUUUAUAAAGAAUUUGUCGCCCAACAAUCUAAGAAGUCUGAUAUCCCAGUCCCUAUCAAGGAACGACUGCGCUCGGAGAAGAACUCUGGGGAAUCCUUGGAAGGCUUCUAUUCCAGUCAGAAUAACAAGCGCGAUAAAAUCGCCAUGAAUCCAAAUAAUGCACAGUACAGUCAGGUGGGUCAGCAGUCGUGCUUUAUAAGGAAGGGAUGACCCUAGAAUAAUGUAGAACUGAUAAAGCUACCCAGUAUAAAUAAUGUUAGUUUAGUUUAGAAAGUUUUCUCCUUCAGUAGCACUGGAUCAAUAAGAGAUGAUCCUUACUAUAGAGCUAUCCAGUAUAAAUAAAGUUAGUUUAGUUUAGGUUUCCUCCUGUAGUAACACUGGAUCAAUGAGAGAUGAUCCUUACUGGACCUCUAGGAAGAACAGUAGUUUAGAACUGAUAGGGCUAUCCAGUAUAAAUAAAGUUAGUUUAGUUUAGGUUUCUUCCUGUAGUAACACUGGAUCAAUAAGAGAUGAUCCUUACUGGACCUCUAGGAAGAACAAUUUAGAACUGAUAGAACUAUCCAGCAAAGAUAAAGUUAGUUUAGUUUAGGUUUCCUCCUGUAGUAACACUGGAUCAAUGAGAGAUGAUCCUUACUGGACCUCUAGGAAGAACAGUAGUUUAGAACUGAUAGGGCUAUCCAGUAUAAAUAAAGUUAGUUUAGUUUAGGUUUUUUCCUGUAGUAACACUGGAUCAAUAAGAGAUGAUCCUUACUGGACCUCUAGGAAGAACAAUUUAGAACUGAUAGAACUAUCCAGCAUAAAUAAAGUUAGUUUAGUUUAGGUUUCCUCCUGUAGUAACACUGGAUCAAUGAGAGAUGAUCCUUACUGGACCUCUAGGAAGAACAGUAGUUUAGAACUGAUAGGGCUAUCCAGUAUAAAUAAAGUUAGUUUAGUUUAGGUUUCUUCCUGUAGUAACACUGGAUCAAUAAGAGAUGAUCCUUACUGGACCUCUAGGAAGAACAAUUUAGAACUGAUAGAACUAUCCAGCAUAAAUAAAGUUAGUUUAGUUUAGGUUUCCUCCUGUAGUAACACUGGAUCAAUGAGAGAUGAUCCUUACUGGACCUCUAGGAAGAACAGUAGUUUAGAACUGAUAGGGCUAUCCAGUAUAAAUAAAGUUAGUUUAGUUUAGGUUUCUUCCUGUAGUAACACUGGAUCAAUAAGAGACGCUCCUUACUAGACCUCUAGGAAGAACAGUUUGGAACUGAUAGAGUUAUCCAGUGUAAAUACAUUGCUAAUGAUUGUUAUUGUUAUCACGCAGACGGACGAGCAAUGGGCAAACAAAGCUUAUCAAGAAGCAGAAAGCUAUCUGAGGAGUAAAAUUCCAGAGUUCAAGAAUUAUGCUCCACCAGCUAUGUUUAACUAUCCAUUCUAUAUAAAUGACCCGAAGAAGACUGAUGAACCAGAAGAGACAAACGAAGGUAUGUUGUUUUACGAUCUGAUAAGUUGUUGACCUUUAGGCAGAAUAGUUGAGAGCGGUUAACUAGUCAUCAUUUAUAUAGCUUCCUGACACAGGCCUCGAUCAGAACCUCAUAAUGUCUUUAAUUUUAGUGUCCUCAACCUCCGCAGUAUUUUUUUUCCUUACUUAUAUUAAACAAAUCUUUCAGGAACAUCGUCCAAGAAAUCAGAGAUUCCGGAAAGUCCAGAGCAGAAAUACAACAAGACACUGACAGAGAUCCUAAGGCGCGAUCACGUGCCCAAGAAAGCCUCAGAUCCGUAUGAAUAUCUGCGUAAUAUGAUUCCUGGGUCCUCCAUGAAACCGAUCGCUAGCAAGAAUGGUAUUGCUUAUGUUCCCGAUAGUUACUCACGGCCCAUACAGCUUCGCACCAAGAGUCAGUGGUUUGAUAUGGUAGCGAAGAAGAGGGCCAGCAUACCUAGAGCACCAGCAGGUAAGAGAUGCAACUGAAGGCAAGGGCAGUCUUACAGUCAGCAUCUGCCAGUCUCUGUCAGGCAUAGAAUUCAGACCCAUUUAAACCCAGAUGAUUCACUUCUGUGACUGGGUUUGAUUGCUCCAAUCUCCGUAUCUCUGGGAAAAACAGUUUAGAACUGAUAGAACUAUCCAGUAUAAAUAAAGUUAGUUUAGUUUAGGUUUCCUCCUGUAGUAACACUGGAUCAAUAAGAGAUGAUCCUUAGGGCCAUUGCAUUUAAUGUCCACACCCCCUCUACGGAUGAGCUUUUCUGAAGGGUGACUCAAAAAGUCGUUUCUGAGGGGUUAAGCCUGUCGGCAUCCUUUGAUCUCUGCGAUUUUUCUGAGGGGUAAGGGGAAAAUGUACAAAUUUCUGAGGGGUGUUUUGUGUCGGCACUUUGAUCUUUUUUUUCUUAGGGGUUAAAAUUUUACUGACCUCAUCCGUAGGGGGGGGGUGUGUGUGGAUAUUAAAUGGAAUGGCCCUUACUGGACCUCUAGGAAGAAAGUUUAGAACUGAUAGAUCUAUCCAGUACAAAUACAAUUAGUUUAGUUUAGGUUUCUUCCUGUAGUAACACUGGAUCAAUAAAAGAUUACCGUUACUGGACCUCUAUGAAGAACAGUUUAGAACUGAUAGAGCUGUCCAUAAAUUUGUUUUUGUUACUGAUAAUAUAUCAAAGCAUUCUGUAAUUAAUUCAUAUGUUUAUCUAUUUUCUCAGCCCGAGCUCGCAGUAACGUAGUCCGCCCAGCGGCAGUUCCGAAAAUGCAGACAGGACCGGAAGCGCUGGCCGCUCAAGUGACGCAAUACAAGUCUACUAUACCAAGUACUACACAGAGACCUGGCGCUGAACAGGGCGCAGUUCCAGCCGAAGUCCAACAACCAGGAGGUAUGAGAAUAUGUAACAAUUUUCAGUCAUUUUGUAUUACAAACGGGAAAUUGAUGCCCCAAUACCCGAUUGGGCUGUCAAUUUCCCAUGCGUAAUACAAAAUGACUGAAAAACGGCAAACUUCGCAAGGCUAUAUUAUCCGCAUUUUACAACAUUUCUUAGCGAAACUUCGGAAUAUUACUAAUUUUGUGAUGCUCAUUUCAGAAAUCUUGUCUGGACCACUAUGAGUUUUCUUCUCAAAUAUAUGAACUAAAACAGCAGGUUAUAUUUUAACCGAGGGUUUUGAACAACCGCCCUUACAGGUAAACUACGUGAAGCGUUCCUCUUUUGACUUCAUAACUCAUUUGGAAUUUUCCUCAUUAGCUUUGCAAAUUUGAAAAACUCUUUGCAAAUUUCCUGAGGGAAUUUGCCAUAUUCCUAUCGGCUGUUGCAAUAUUUCAAUGCAACGAUCUUCAUUUUAAAUUUUCCUAACUUCCUGUUUUAAUUUCCUAACUUCCUGUUCUCUUCUGAGCGUUGUUAUUGGUCGAUUAUUUUUGUUAGCCAAUUGCAACGCCCGGAACAGAACAGGAAGUUAGGAACUUGUAAUAGGAUGGUAAGAACUUCUAACAGGAACUGAGGAAAAUUUAAUUGGCUUUUAGCAACAUUGCAAAUUCCUUCAAGGGAUUUGCAAGGGAGUUUUUUAAAUUGCAAAAAUAAUGAGGACAAUUGCAAUCAAUUUAGAACUCGAAAGAGGAACGCUUCACGUAGUUUACCUGUAAUGGAAUAAUGGUAACCAACUUGUACAAGAAAUUAAACUAUAUAGUAUAUCAUUUGAUUAGCCCUUUCCCAAAAGAUAUCACAUUGCAUUCUGGGAUCGUUUGGAGGGACAAAAUAUAUGGUGACAUGCGCCAAAUAUAUGAAAGAGUAGAAGUAUCUGCUAUCAAAUAUCAACUUUUUAGACGACCAGAAAUUAAAUAUCUUCUUUUUACAUUGAACAUUUAAUUUAAAUGUGUGCUGCCAUAUUUCUUGUCCUGCCAACAUGGGAUUCGCACGACUAGAGCCAAGACUUUGGGAAAUGGCUAAUUAUUUGUAUUACAAUAUGAUAUAAACACAAGAUAUAUACAUAUACAUAUAAUGUAAAGCAGUGACAUUAUUUUCUCACUCUGAUAAAUACAGGUUGACCACCAAUCUGCUGCACGACAAUGCUUAGUGAAACUCGUGUAUUAUCAUAGUAAAUCAUGUUUUUUUUCAAUUCAAUUUAUUUACCACUUCAUUCAGUUAUUUACAUUGAUUGUAAUAAAAUUUAGGUAUAUUUGUAUAUAUGUAUGUCAAAUUGAAAGGAAAGAGAGUGACGAGAAGACCUCAGGAAAUCAAGAACUUGUAUUAAGAGGCCAUCUCAUUGUUAUUCAGAACAAAGUUUUUUUUCAAAAAGUUUAGGGCAAAAUUUUUUUUAACACUUGUUUGACGAAGUUACCCUGACAGUCGUUAAUUAUUGUUGUGUUCAAUUUAGCUGAAAGUGCUAACUUCUUGCAGUCACAUGAAUCAGUUGAUCCUGCUGCAUCCUUUCAACAGCUUGACUCCCGGAGUAAAGGUAAGCACUUUUAUUCAUUAACUCCACCUCCAACCAUCUUCACAAUAAUCGAUCCACAUCUACUAAAUACGAGCCUUUAAAUUUAUAUUUAACCUCUAAUAUCAUUCUUAAAUUCUAACUAAUUAGCUGCUAAUUAUAUCAUUAUAAAUGUUGAACGAGUAAUUAAUAUAAUGAAGAGUAAUUAAUAUAAUUAAAUUGAUUCAUAAUGAUUCAACCUCAUUCUCGAGAAUGUUGAUAAAAGCCACCUAAUUCUGCACAAUAGUACGUGUGUUUCACGGCAACACAACCAUUUUACUUAAAACUGAUAGACAAACUGUUUCGCAUCAAAAACGACACUAAACGUGACAUUAUUUUUGACUUUUAUAACCUAACUGUGAAACUAAACCAGAUUGAUUUGAACUUAAACUAGAAUGAACUUAAACUGGAAUGAACUUAAACUAGAAUAAACUCAACUGAACCAAACCAAAUCAAACCGUAAGAUACGAUAUAAAGCUAAACUAUGACACUUAAAAAAUGAAUGCAUUAUAAACGUCAUGUAGAAUGAAUUUGUUUGACUUUUAUGACUGUCGAUGUAAUAAGGCUUUGGAUAUUUUACUAUUUUCUUAGCAAUGCUGAAGUCAAAAAGCCAGAAUUCCAUUUUUUCGCGAAUUUUUGGAACUUUUAAUCGAAUUUUUGUAACUUUUCAUCUUUGGAAGAGUAUAUCUUCAAAAAUAUACAUCGAUCAACCUCAAGUUUUCGUGAAAGAACUCUUCAAAAUUUCUUCAAAAUGAGAAUUAGGUUGCAUAUACUGUUUAAGAAAACUCACUAGACACUAAUUUUCAUCCGCACUAACUUCACUGCAACUAACAUUGUGAUAACUAUUUCUAAUACAUUUUUAAACUACCACUUAAACGCUAAAACCUCAACAACCAAAACUGCUGACAAGACAAACAACGACCGACUUGUGUACUUACUAAAAACGCCAUAUUUUAACAAUAAAAUGUGUGUUGUUUUUGACGUAUAUUGGGCAGAAAUAGAUGCGCUUAAUUGCUGUAUUAGCCCAAGACUUGAGUUCAUGUAAUUUUCAAAAAAAAAUCCGGUCAAACUACACCAUGAAUCUAUUAGCACAGAUUUUGAACAUGACACGGUUACAAUCACGUAACUAUGACGUCACGAACACGUGACCCUUACGUCACGCACCAACGCAACGUCUGCCUGCAAUCUUCCAAAAUGUUGUCAGCGGUCAGGCUUGACGUCGACUUGACAUACUUCAUGUAAAUUCAUUUUUUCACACACACUAUCAACAUUCUUGAGAAUGUGAUGAUGACGUAAUUCUAAAUCACACAUUCUCUUCGUUCUAGUUGUGAAGCGACAUGCUCAUCAUAAGGACUAAACUCGCGUGGAGGUCUCGAAGAUCGCGCGUAACACGCGUGUAAACACGAACGCGCAUGUCUUUGGGCUAAUCAGUAAAUAAGCGUCUCUACUGUAUAAUACUUUAAAGACUAUAAAUAUAAAAUAUUACUGCUUCAGUCCAAUUUCAGUACCAGAGAAUGAACAUUUACUGUAAUUAUAAUAAACAUGACCAAAUUAUUUUGAUUGGCUAAGAACAGUUUUACCAUAAGAACAGACUGGUUCUACAACAAGCAAUAAGUUGGUGAUCUCGGAUUCAAAAUGUAUCUGAGAAAACCAAUCUGUUGGUUGUUUUAACCAAUGUGUGCAUUGUUCUUUUCUGCAAGUGUUCAUCUUUAAAGGCCGAUUUAAGGUCUAUACAGACCGGACGCGAUUUAGCAACGCGACGCGACUUUUCAAUUUUCAAUGACAUUUCAUUUGACAUUUCAAUAUUUUUCUAUGUUUUUCAAAUAUUCAGAACCACUUAGGCAAUUUUAGCUAUUUGGUCUGUAUAUCUUGUAAAAUUUUUAUCUGUUGACGGUUUUAUUUGUUUUUAAAAACUGAAAAUUUGCGUCGCGUUGUCGAAUCGCGUUCGGUCUGUAUGGACCAUUAGACUACACAAAGUUUUGCCUAAAACUAUCGCAUGCAACCUGCUUACAACUUGAGUCGUACUGUGUCAAUAAACUGUACAACUCGUUCACGUUGUCGCAGGUGAGUUGUGUGUUUGAUUUACACAGUACAACUCAAGUUGCAAGAAUGUUGCAUGCGACAGUUUGAGGCAGAAAUUGUGUGGCCUAGAUCGGCCUUAUAAUACGAGUGAUAUAAAUAUUAAUAGAAAGUCUAGGCUGCUACAGUGUUUAGUUAUUAAAUCAAUUAUGUUCUGAGCGUCAUCUGCUGAAACUAAUCACUAACUGUAAAGUUGUAUAUAUAUAUAUAUGAAUUUAAAGUUUCAUAAAUUCAAUUUAUUUUACAAAUGUGCGAGUUGUAUAGUUCUAAAACAAAGCCGUGUUUCACGAGGUAAUUUUUUCUGAAAGAGGGGGUGACAAAGUUUGUUUUGUCAGUGUGCAUUAACUUCGCAAUAUUGGCUGGAAUGGUUCCAAGAGUUAAACACAAACAGGGAUGAUUGGUCAGAUAUAAAACACGAGAACGUAGCACGAGCGUUUUAAAUCUGAUAAACCACGGACUUGCGAGUGUUUUAAAUGGCUUGAAAACUCAUUAAUAAUUCAGGAGCAAAACACAAAGAAAAAUCAUAAGCGUGUCGUGGUUUUAUAUGUGAUAAAAAAUCACGUUAAUUGACCUAAACUUUAGCUUUGAUUUUCUCGGUUUAGACAAAGUUUAUUUUAAAAAUUACUUCGCCAAUGAACUCGUAUAAGUUCGCCAUUUAAAGCACUUGUAGUCGUGUUUUAUCACAUAUAAAACACUCCGCUACGCGUCGUGUUUUAUAUGUGAUAAAACACUCCGACGAGUGCUUUAAAUAGUACUUGAAAAACAACCUAUUAUAUGAAUUCAUCGGCGAUGUAAUUUUAAAAAUAAGUCGAGAAAUCAAAGCUAAAGUUUCUGUAAAUUAAGGUGGCUCCCUACAGUUUUAGGUCUGUGUCGCGGAAAUUUUGUCCACGCGCGAGAUUAGUGGUGCUACACGCAACACGCGUGGUCGACGUUGCACGCGUGGCGUUGAGUACCCUGUACCCCGUGGACAGCAUUUGUCAUCUUUGACGAAUGGACACGUUACUAUAACAUAAUUAUAAACGUCUUUAUGUAAUAAUUGCGCAAACAUUUCGUAACUUCAACUAGUUAUCAUUUGCGCAUUUCUAUUCCAUAGUUAUCAAAAAUAUCCCACAAGCCCUACCACCUCUCUUACACGAAGUACCCGAGCACCGCCCAGACAAUACGCAUACCUUCAACCUACCACCGCUGAACCAUGCUGACCUACCACCGCUGCAUCAUGCUGACCUACCACCGUUACAUCAUGCUGACCUGCCACCGUUGCAUCAUGGGAACCGUAAUAAUCCCUCCAACAUGCUGACGUCAGAGGUUGCUAGGGGAACAAACAAAGGUAUGCAGUUAGGAAAUUCUCCUUAUAUUUUUCAGGUAGUUACAUCGCUACCAACGAAAGCCUGUUCAUAUUAUUGGCAUUACCUACUGACACAGACAGUUGUCUGAUUAUAAUUUCACCUCAGUCAUGUGCAAAGAGUGUUUCUAGUUUGACUUUACCAAGCUAUGCUAAUUUCCUCCAAGUACCCCACUAGUUUCCUCCUGUUGGCUGUUGAACACUGGAUCAAUAACAGAUGAUUACUGGGCCCCAAGGAAGAACUAAUUUUAUUUAUACUAUCUAGUAUAAAUAAAGUUAGUCUAGUGUAGAUUUCCUCCUGUAGUAACACUGGAUCAAUAAGAGAUGACUCUUACUGGACCUCUAAGAAGAACAGUUUAGUGUAAGUUACCACCUGUAGUACACAAGAUCAAUAAGAGAUGAUCUUUACUGGACCUCUAGGAAGAACAGUUUAGAACUGAUAGAGCUAUCCAGCAUAAAUAAAGUUAGUUUAGUUUAGGUUUCCUCCUGUAGUAACACUGGAUCAAUAAGACAUGAUCCUUACUGGACCUCUAGGAAGAACAGUUUAGAACUGAUAGAGCUAUCCAGUAUAAAUAAAGUUAGUUUAGUUUAGGUUUCCUUCUGUAGUAACACUGGAUCAAUAAGAGAUGAUCCUUACUGAACCUCUAGGAAGAACAGUUUAGAAAUGAUAGAACUAUCCAGCAUAAAUAAAGUUAGUUUAGUUUAGGUUUCCUCCUGUAGUAACACUGGAUCAAUAAGAGAUGAUCCUUACUGGACCUCUAGGAAGAACAGUUUAGAACUGAUAGAGCUAUCCAGUAUAAAUAAAGUUAGUUUAGUUUAGGUUUCCUCCUGUAGUAACACUGGAUCAAUAAGAGAUGAUGCUUACUGAACCUCUAGGAAGAACAGUUUACAACUGAUAGAGCUAUCCAGUAUAAAUAAAGUUAGUUUAGUUUAGGUUUCCUCCUGUAGUAACACUGGAUCAAGAAGAGAUGAUCCUUACUGGACCUCUAGGAAGAACAGUUUACAACUGAUAGAGCUUUAAGUUUGAUAAGAGCUUUAAGUUUGAUAAGAGCUUUUAGUUUAACUUUAGUUAAAAUGUUUAACAUCAUAGCAAUUAUUAUGUGUGUAUUUUUUCAGGUGCUUCAUUUACAGCUCAAUACAGCAAUGCAGGAGAUAAAACAUCAGAUAAAUCUCCAACACCCCUGGUUGACAAACAGAAAGAUAAAUCAACUUUAAAAGAAAAGGUAUCUCCUGUUCAAGAUAUGCAGAUUGGAAUUCCUACAGCUUAUUCAAAUCCACAGAAGGCAAAAGUAUCACAAGGUUUGUGUCAGAUAUUAAAUGUAAUGUCAUCCAUGUUACUAUAAAAAGUAAUGUUAUUCUAAACAAAGUGCAUGAAUAUACUAUACAUAAUCUCUUUAAAAAGUUGAUUAUGUCUAUCAACACUGCCAUUUUUUGCUUCAGCUCGACUAAGAUCGUCGUCGCAUGUGGGUCAGAAUGCUCAGAGUCGACAGGUAAAAUAUUGUUUAAAAUAAACAGCCGUGGUAUCUCUCGUGGUGAUCCAGUGUAGAUAGUAUUCUAAAUUAACCUGUUGUAGUUUGUGUCUGAACUAUCUGAAAAAGACAUCUCAAAUCUAGUGGUCCAGUGUAGGUAGUAUUCUGCAACAAACUGCCGUGGUUUGUGUCUGAACUACCUGAAAAAGAUAUCCCAAAUGUGGUGGUCCAGUGUGGGUAGUAUUCAUUAAAAGAAAGAGAGAUUAAAGUAUUUCAUGGUUUUUGCAUUUUAACUUAUAUGUUAACCUUUGUUUCUCCAUAUCUAGUUUCCUUCUCCCUCGGACCCCUACCCCCAGCCUCUUCCACCUGAAGGCAUGCAAUUCGACACACCGAUGAAACAGGCGCCGAAUCAGGCUCCACCUGCAUAUCAGGCUCCACCCGCAUAUCAGGCUCCACCUGUAAAUCAGGCGCAACCUGUAAAUCAGGCGCAACCCUACAAUCCAGCUGUCCCGGCCGCUGUUCCAGCAGGUGUAUCACAGAAUGCUUUCCCUACCAACCCGAGCGCAGGCUAUGAACCCGAGCAGAACUAUGUUGUUCCAGUAUUGAAGAAAAACUUAAUCCGGCCACAGCCAGGUAGGGAUUUCCUCAUUGGAUUAGAUUGGACUAGAUUGGAUUUGGGUGAGAUACGAUUUUAAGCCCAAAUCAAAUUGGUAGUCACGCGAUCAGCUGGGUUAGCUGUUCUUAAUGCGUUCCCAACACUAUCAAGUGUUAAACCCAUCAAAUGUUGCAUACAAAACAUGUGGGGAUAGUCUGCGAUUUGCUAUUGUAAACAGAAUGAAGACCACGUCUAAAGGUCCAUACACACUGGACGCGAUUCGACAACGCGACGCGAUUUUUUAGUUUUUGAAAGUUAAUAAAACAGCCAAUGAGAGAAAAAUUUAAAAGAUAUACAGACCAAAUAACUCAAAAUGUUCUAACGCUUCUAAAUAUUUGGAGAAUUUAAACUAGGAUCAAAGUUAUCGUUCAGUGAAAAUCGAAAAUUCGCGUCACGUUGUCGAAUAGCGUCCGUGUGUAUGGACCUUAAAUUAAAACUCUCGAUUUAAAAAAAAUAUUUCUUUUCCACAUUAUUAUUAUUUUUUUAACUGCCGUCAUCAUUGCAUCUCAGUUCUGUUUUUUUCAAGUUCCAAAAAGCUUAUGGUUGAUAAAUUUUGUCGUUAUAACUAAAAGUGUAUAUUUUAAGGCUCUCUGUUUUGAUGUCCUCUUACUGGAUAAGGCUUUGAUUAAGUUCGCUAAUUUUGUUUCAGACAUGCAGUGUGAUGAGGGAUGGAAAGGAGCAUCAGGGGACUUUGCCAACUUUUGUUACCAAGUGGUAUACAAACCUCUAUCGUGGAAGAACGCGCGUGAUUCGUGUACCAAUUUCGGUGGUGAUUUAUUCAGCGUCAGGAACGCUUAUGAGCAGCGGUAUGUUGAAUAAAUUAUUAGAAAUUAGAGUAGACACUAAAAUUAAACUAACUUUGAACCCGAAAAAUAGCAAUAAAGUUAUUAUUAUUUUAUUCCAAACUGUUCUCCCUAGAAGUCCAAUAAAUAUUAUUGUAAACACAUUGUAAAUUAGCGUAACUGCUACUAAAUCUGUCAAAUAAACCACUUCCAAUAAGGAUCAUCUCAUGUUGAUCCAGUGUUACUACAGGAGGAAACCUAAACUAAACUAACUUUAUUUAUACUGGAUAGUUCUAUCAGUUCUAAACUGUUCUCCCUAGAGUUCCAGUAAGAAUCAUCUCUUAUUGAUCCAGUGUUACUACAGGAGGAAACCUAAACUAAACUAACUUUAUUUAUACUGGAUAGUUCUAUCAGUUCUAAACUGUUCUCCCUAGAGUUCCAGUAAGAAUCAUCUCUUAUUGAUCCAGUGUUACUACAGGAGGAAACCUAAACUAAACUAACUUUAUUUAUACUGGAUAGUUCUAUCAGUUCUAAACUGUUCUCCCUAGAGGUCCAGUAAGGAUCUUCUCUUAUUGAUCCAAUGUUACUACAGGAGGAAACAUGAACUAAAAAUUAGCUUUAUUUAUAAUUAUUUUUAAUUAGCUUUAUCUAUCAUUUCUGCCUAAGCUGCUCCUCCUAGGCUAUUUACUUAUUGUUGUGAAAUUUUCAUCCUCGCAGAUUCAUUGAUAGUCUCGCAAACUCUCAGCUGUGGAUUGGUUACCAGGACAAGGCGAGCGAUGGCACGUGGUCUUGGGUAGAUGGCAGUACGACAGUGUAUACAAACUGGGAUACGCCAAGUAAAGCAGAUCAAAAGCAAACCGAUUGCGUCAUCUUGGAUUCGGACGAGGGGAAAUGGAGAGAUGUUCCUUGCAAUGUGAAACACAAGUUUCUCUGCAAGAAAACUGGGGGUGAGUAUAGUGACAUUAGCUAUGUUAGUUUGAGAAAAAGAGGGAGUUUGGGUGAGAUUUUUCUCAACUUUCAUUGCUUGAUCAAACGAACCCAAGAAUUAAUUGCAUUAGAGUUGACAAGCGAGAGUUUACAUGAGAGUUUUCUCAACUUUCAUUACUUGAUCAAACGAGAAUUACAAGAGUUGUACGAAAGUUUAAUCACGGCUACGAUAUUACUUAUAUAGAUUGUGACGCAAAAAGUGGCUGGAAACUGCUCACGUUAUCAUCACUCAAAGGUUGUUACCGUCUUUACGACAAAACGCGAACAUGGAAGGAAGCCUCGCAAACUUGCAGCAAAGAUGGUGGGAACCUUGCUAGCAUUUUGAGCGAUGACGAACAAAUCAUGAUCUCUCAGGUAAUUAGGUCACUUUUGGCCCUUCAAGGUGGAUCUUCUCUUAUUGAUCCAGUGUUACUACAGGAGGAAAUCUAAACUAACUUUAUUUAUACUGGAUAACUCUAUCAGUUCUAAACUGUUCUUCUAGAGUUCCAAUAAGGAUCAUCUCUUAUUGAUCCAGUGUUACUACAGGAGGAAACCUAAACUAAACUAACUUUAUUUAUACUGGAUAACUCUAUCAGUUCUAAACUGUUCUUCUAGAGGUCCAAUAAGGGUCGUCUUUUAUUGACCCAGUGUUAUUACACUGCUCUAAACUGCUCUCCCUAGAGUCUAGAGAUUAAAUAAAAAUUACUUUGUUCUAUUUUAUUUUAAGGUCUAUUCCGAUGACACUCUGUGGAUUGGCUACAAUGACCGUGAGAGCGAAGGAGACUGGACCUGGACUGAUAAGAUGACGUCGUCAUAUACAAACUGGAACGAAGCUUCGCCAAACAAUGGCGGUGUGUCUUGCGCCCUCGUUACAUCACCCAGCGGUUCAUGGCGCGACGAAUCGUGUAAAAAGACACAUGACUUUAUUUGCAAAAAAUGUAAGUUCCUUCAUUGUUUUGGCCUCUAGUAAAGAGAUGCUGGGGUACAGUUUAGAACUGAUAGAGCUAUCCAGUACAAAUAAAGUUAGUUUAGUUUAGGUUUCCUCCUGUGGUAACACUGGAUCAAUAAGAGAUGAUUCUUACUGGACCUCCAAGGAGAGCAGUUUAGAACUGAUAGAACUAUCCAGUAUAAAUAAAGUUAGUUUAGGUUUCCUCCUGUAGUAACACUGGAUCAAUAAGAGAUUAUCCUAGAAAUCUCUAGGAAGAACAGUUUAGAAUUGAUAGAGCUAUCCAGUAUAAAUAAAGUUACUUUAGUUUAGGAUUCAUCCUGUUGUAACACUGGAUCAAUAAGAGAUGCUCCUUAUUGGACCUCUAGAGAGAACAGUUUAGAACUGAUAGAGCUAUCCAGUAUAAAUAAAGUUAGUUUAGUUUAUGUUUCUUCCUGUAGUAACGCUGGAUCAAUAAGAGAUUAUCCUAGAGAUCUCUAGGAAGAACAGUUUAGAACUGAGUUAGUUUCAAGUUCGAUGUUUACAUCGGUGGCAAAAUUUCAUAUGGUCAUAACUUUAUUUAAAUACAAUUUCUUUUCAGCUCCAAGAGGUUCGACACAAGAAAGAAUGGAUGGUGUAAUUUCUCCUCCUGUAGCAGCUCUGCUGAAAAAUCAGACUCAGGAUAGUUUGCUGGAAGAUCUCUCUCCCAUUGGUGGCUCAUCGCCAGGUAACUGUGGAGUAGAACCACUUCUAUCACCAAUGCUUUCUGUUUAUUAAUUCAAGUUUUUUUUAUUAUUUUUAGCCGUUCCUGUUUACUUCUGGCCUCUUCUUAAGACAACCGCUGGUCUCACCCGCGGUACCGAUCACGCUGAGCCUCAUGGGCACGUUCGCCAGGUUCAGGGGGGCAUUGAACUUAAUGGUGUCGAUGCUUGGUUGGAUGGAGGAGACUUCCAUGGAAAAUGUUUCUCUGAUCCUGAGCUUUGUAUCAAAGGAUUGUCUGUUUCGAUGCAGGUUUGUUUAAAUUAUACUAAACAACUUUAUUUAUACUGGAUAGCUCUAUCUGUUCUAAACUGUUCUUCCUAGAGAUCCAGUCAGGAUCAUUCCCUAUCGAUCCAGUGUUACCACAGGAAGAAACCUAAACUAAGCCAACUUUAUUUAUACUGGAUAGCCAAAUCAGUUCUAAACUGCUCUUCCUAGAGGUCCAGUAAGGAUCAUCUGUUAUUGAUCCAGUGUUACUACAAGAGGAAACCUACACUAAACUAACUUUAUUUAUACUGGAUAGCUCUAUCAGUUCUAAACUGUUCUUCCUAGAGGUCCAGUAAGAAUCAUUCCUUAACGAUCCAGUGUUACCACAGGAAGAAACCUAAACUAAACUAACUUUAUUUAAACCGAAUAGCUCUAUCAGUUCUAAACUGUUUUUCCUAGAGUUCCAUAAAGGAUUAUCUGUUAUAGGUGGAAGCCUAAUAAUUGUUCCAAUGACAGCAACCUUUUCAUUUCAGAUAAAUCUCGAUGACAAAUCAAAAUCGUACAAAAAGAAACACAUUGUGAUAGACACAAGUGGGGGAAAGCGAGGGGUAUCUGUGUACAUCCUGGAUAACUCGCUACAUUAUCGCGUCAGCACCGGCGCUAAAGCCUGGGAACUAGCCACAGAUCUUAUGACCAAUGAAUGGCAAGAUAUUGUGAUGACAUGGAAGCGAGGCGAAGGACUGAGCCUGUAUGUGAAUGGAGCGUUCAAGGACCGGGUGAAGCACGGAUUCAAAAUAUCGCCAGUCAAAGACGAGCAAACGCAUUUACUGAUUGGAAAGAGCAUGAACGACGUCUAUACAAAGUAACUAAUGGUUAACUAUACACAUGGGCAUGCUGAACCCGUUGAGCACCAUGCUCUCCCCUUGACGAGUAAAAUCAUCAGACAUUAGACAGAGUAAAGUACUCAAGUAGGGCACAGUAAGGCGCAAUGCAAUUCCAUGGGUUAUUACUACACUCAUGAACAGAUAGUCUGAUGAACCCAUUGGGAAUCAGUGCUCCUCCCUUGACGAGUAAAAUCAUCAGACAUUAGACAGAGUAAAGUACUCAAGUAGGGCACAGUAAGGCGCAAUGCAAUUCCAUGGGUUAUUACUACACACAUGAACAGAUAGUCUGAUGAACCCAUUGGGAAUCAGUGCUCCUCCCUUGACGAGUAAAAUCAUCUGGCGUUAGACAGAGUAAAAUAAUAUGAUACAUAAUUGGGGUGCAAUGUAACUUAAUAUUAUUUUGUAUGCCUUCAAAUGUAUCACAGUGUUUCUAUUCUGUGUGUGAAUGAAACUUGGAAACUACAAAAUAAUAAUAGAAAUGUAUAAAUCUAGUCAUUUAGAGAAUAACAUUGCAGUAUGUCACAGUAAGAUGGGAUCUCGAAAAAAAAUGAACUAUUGAGCCUUUGCGCUCUUCUCUUGACAAGUAAAGUCGUCUGGCGUUAGAGUGAAAUGAUAAAGUAGGGUGCAAUGAAACUUAACGUGUUAACUGUAUCUUUCAUUCUCUGUUUUCAGGAUGUACAUCAGUUCAGUCUCAGUUUACCCUCGAGUUUUGAGCUCAGAAAAUAUUCCUUUUGUCUUCACUUACGACGACACAGGUAAUUUAUCAAGAUGUCUUUUUCAACAUUGCUAGUAAUUUUUAUAUUUGCACACAUGUGUCCAUUAUCCAUUGUUUCUUCUUUCUAUUAGUGUUGCCCAGCUACAGAUGGCUUCUGUCGAAGUUGGCUGCUUCAGGCAAAAGGUGAGAUUCUUCUCAAGCGCUGAAUUUAAUGUAUCAGUGAUUCUAUAGCUAUAGACGAAAUUUUGAUCUAGGCAAGAAGAACGAAGUCAUUACCAUAGCUGGAAAGAUCGUCUGAAAAUUAGUAAAAUUGCAAAAUUUGGUUUCGAAUUAUUGUAAAAGGAGGGAAAAAAGAGCCCUGUGAAGUUCGCAAAUUUUGUAUAUAUUUGAAUUACGUGCGGGGAAUAUAACCAUUUCGAGCCGAAGGUGGUUAUUAAUUUUACCGCGCGUAAUAUGUACUAUUUACAACAUGAGCGGCCGUGUUGUAUCGGAUAUACAAACUCGAGCCGAAUUAGGCGAGAGUUUGUAUAUCCAAUACAACACGGACGCGAAUGUUGUAAAUGGCUUAAAAAACGACACUUCUUAUGAGUUCAUUGGCGAAGUAAUUUUAAAAGUAAACGUUGCCUGAGCCGAGAAAAUCAAAGUUGAAGUUUAUGUAAACCAACAUGAAUCUGUAUCACAUAUACAGAUACGACACGCUUAUGAUUUUUCUUUGUGUUUUCUUCAUGAAUUAUUAAUGAGUUUUUUAAAAAUAUAUACAAAACUUGUGAACUUCACAAGGCUAUAUUUUCUUCAUUUUACAAUGUUUGUUCCCAGUUGUGGACAAGUUUGGAACAAGUUGUUAUCAUCUUGUAACAAGAUUGCCUUUGUGAUCAUUCCUUGCCUGUGUUGUAUGUAAUUUUGUCUAGUCUAAUUUAUGUCUGUUAUGUUCGGCGAAUGUUGUAAAUAAAUAGAUUGAUGAGACCAACAUCAUUGUCAUCAACAUGUUAAGAGCAGCUUGUUGUAGAGUUGUUGGAACAAGUUGUAGCAAAUCUGUUACCGUGAUCAAGCUUGUAACAAGAUGAUAACAACUUGUUUUGGCGAGGUUUCUAACGGUGACAUGUUUCUUUCAGAGCUGUUAUUCCAAACACUGGCUCAAUUCAAGUGAAAGGUUCAGUGAAGCCUAUUGAUGGUGGGUUAUUCGUGAACGCUGGUGAAGACAGUUUUAUCGACGCUGGAGAUUUCAACAAGGAAUGUUUGAGCAAUCCUGCCAAAUGUCACUCAGGAUUCAGCUACAGCUGCAAGCUCAAGUUCAAUAAGGUAAUCAUCUUAUGUACUUACUUGAUUGACUCUGGCAAACGAACAUUUCUGUACAGUGCUUCCAUUUUUAAUUGCUUCUUCAUAUACUAACGCCAAACAAAAAAUUCAUAAAAUCUUUCUUAACAGGCUUAACCUUACUAACCAUAUCGAAGAUCUAUUUUGUAUAAAUUGUAAAUAUUUAGUAAAUUGUAUGUAAAUAGUCGUAAUCUUUAAUACUUUUAAUAAUCUUCUAAUAAAUAUCAAAAUAGUGCGAGGGCCGUAUGUUAGAUAACUUUUACGGUAAAUACGUUUUCCCUCGUGAAAUAAAGUUUCUAUUCUGUUCUAUUCUAUUGAAACUUUCUGCUUAGCCUCAAAAUAAAGUAUUAAUGCAAGCAACAAAAUCGCGUUUUGUGCUUUCCAUGAAGGCUGAUCUUUUAACAUGUCAGUGUCUCAAUUUUUUAGAUUGUUCGUUCGUACACAGAUCCUAAGUACAUCCUACGCAGCGGAGACGAUGUUUCGGGUAUUUCAACUUACAUCGUGAAUAAUAAUCUGUAUUUUGAUGUCUUGAUGAGUACGAAUGAAGACACUCUGAAAUGGACUGUGAGAGCACCUCUUUAUACCAUAAGGUUAGAUAUUAAUAUUAUGAUAAAUCAUUGUACGGACUACAACGGAAAGUCUGUGAAUUGUACACACUAGUACUAUUUAGAUUGGAUAGCUUUAUCAGUUUUAAGGCUGAUUUCCACUGUUGCGUGUUUCGUACGCACAUACACGCACGUAAAUCUUUGAAUCCUUCUAUUUUUUAAAUAUUUUACAAAUAAGUUAACAAAUGCAUACUAAAACUUGCGGAACACUAAAUUCUGUUGCUUUAUUUAUAUGAAAAACGCAAUAGUGGAAAUCAGCCUUUAAACUGUUCUUCCCCCUCCAUCCUUACUCUAGAGAGAACAUUUUAAAACUGAGCUAUCCAGUAUAAAUUAAGUCAGUUUAGUUUAGGUUUCCUCCUGUAUUAACACUAGAACUGGAUCAAUAAGAGAUGAUCCUCAUUGAACCUUUAGGGAGAACAGUUUAGAACUGGUAGAGCUAUCCAGUAUAAAUUGAGUUAGUUUAAUUUAAAUUUCCUCCUGUAGUAACACUUGAUCAAUACGAGAUUAUCCUUACUGAACCUCCUCUAGGAAGAACAGUUUAGAACUGAUAAAGCUAUCCAGUAUAAAUAAAGUUAGUUUAAUUUAGAUUUUCCCUGUGAUAACACUAGAUCAAUAACAGAUGACUUUUACUGCAGAAAAGCUAGUUUAGAACUGAUAGAGCUGUCCAGUAUAAAUAAAGUUAGUUUAGUUUAGGUUUCCUCCUGUAGCAACACUGGAUCAAUUAGAGAUGACCUCACUGGACUUCUAGGGAGAUAGUUUUAGAACUGUUAGAGCUUUUAGAACUGUUAUAUCUAGUAUAAAUUUAGUUUGGUUUAGUAAGUCGGCUCUUAAGCAAAAAUGUAUUCCUCUUUUUCUAGAUGGCAACGUGUCGCUUUAUCUUGGAGUCUGGCAAAAGGCCUAACACUCUACAUGGAUGGUAAUUUCCGAGGAGCUACGAAGUUACCGAAGAGCGUCCCAAUUGUUGCCCGAAAGGCAAGCUCGGAAUUUAUCAUUGGGAAAAAGAUGAAGGACUCGAAACUCGGGUCGGCAGAGUUUGCUAUUAGUUCCCUGGCUGUAUAUGAGCGCUAUCUGACUGACAAUGAUAUGGGCGGUCUGUUUGGGGAUAAAAGUAAGUGAUUGUAGACUUGUCACAGCUCAAUCAAAACACUUUAUUGUUUAUUGCACUAUCCCCUUUUUGACUCACGGAUUGCUGUGAGUCUUUGUGGUUACUUGAGUGUGAGGCAGUUAAACAAUGGGAAAUGACUAGCCUGCUUUGCGCGCACUGUUUGCCUGCAAAUCGGGCCUUUCGAGACCGGAAAUCGAGCUGGAGCAGACACCCGUUCUCUUGAUUUGGCAAUCGGCAAUAAAAGAAGCGCGACAAUGACAAAAUUUGCAUGUUGCCCGUUUGCAAAAACAACUGCAAACUGCUCAAAUUUUCUGUCACUUUCAUUUGAUCUCAUCCGCGAGUCGGCCUCGACGGCCUUUGAUCACGUUUGCCUGUUUUAGCAUGACCAGCGCACAUGAAGUUUAUAUUCCCAUGUUUCGUGCACAAAUAUGCUUCUCUGUGAUCUUGAGCCCAAUCACAAACCUACGCUUAACUGGAGUAGGCUUGACAGGUCCUGUUAGGCUGUCACAGAAUAUAAUCUAGAACUGUCUGUGCAAGUGUAGGUAUAGUACCAAUAAUAUGAACAAGCUUUCUUUGGUAUGAAUGCAAUUACAGGGUACCUGAAAAAUACAAGGAGAUUCAAGAGAAAUUCUCCUUCUAUUUUUCAUGUCCGAGCCCUAUCAUAGAUAUCUUAUAUACACUAGAUAGUGAAUCUAAUUAUUCUGCAAUUCAAAAAUUGAAGCCGUGAUUGCAGUCUCAGGUCGUUCCCAUGAAAUGAGAAGAUUCGUUUGUUUUCUAUUUCUUAAACAGGGAACUUAAACAUUAAGUUAACCCUAUUCCAAAUACGUUUUCAAACUAUUCAAAUGAUGAAAGGUAUUGUUGUUUUUUAAGCGUUUAUUAGCAAGUGGGAACGACCAACAUGGCCGCCAUCUAUUCAAAUGGGGGUAACCGCUGGAAUAUCCUUGGCUUCAAUUUUGCUAAACGAGAUGCGCUAUCUAGUGUAUAUAAGAUAUCUAUGAUCCCUACCAACAAAAACUUGUUGCCUACCAACAACAACUAACAUUACACUUCUACGUGUGAAGAACAACUAAGGGGCCAAUCACAAAGGAUGUCCGAGCCAGGGGGGGGGUUGGAAAAUCAGGACAAACUCGGACAUAUUGGGGGAGGGUUUUUUUUUAGCAAUCCGGAUGUCCGAAAUUUUAAAAAAUUCAAAAACAAAUUUCUUUUUUCUCUAUUUUGAACUCUCCUUCCCAUUGUGAAAUUGGCAUUUUGAACACUUCAUAAUAUUAUCCAAUACUUUCCUUCAAUACAUUUAUUGUUAUAUAAAAGUUCUAAAAGUAAAAAAGGUUUUUUACUCUUGACAUAUACAAGGUUGCGUGAGUUUUUGCGAGGCAUGGCGGAUGUCCGGGGGGAGGGGGGGUCACUAAUUCGGACAAUGCCAGACAAGGGGGGGGGAGGGGAGGGUCUGAAAAUCCAUCAUUUGGCCGGACAUCCUUUGUGAAUGGCCCCUAAACCACCUAUUAAUCUUUUCACAGGCAUGCCCUACCCGGGGUUAAUUCGUGAAAUCUGGCGUAAUGUUCCUGGAUCCAAAGUGAGUGAUCUGCGUUCUAAUGCUUACUACCCCAACGACCCUUCUGACAUUCAGAUAAUCGAGAAUUUUGACGCACCUUUUGAUCUUGAUCGGGAUUACGGGUCAAAAGUCAAGGGUUACUUUAUACCACCAGAAACUGGACCGUAUACAUUCUUCUUGGCCGGUAGCAAUGCUGCUGAACUGUGGCUCAGUGCAAACGGACAAGAAAGUGGUUUGAAGAAGAUUGUAUCGUUCUCAAGUGGAAGUUCUCAUAAUCAAUGGAAUCGGUAAAGAAUGCCUUUUUUGUACUGGAUAGCUCUAUCAGUUCUAAACUGUUAUCCCUAGAGGUCCAGUAAGGAUCAUCUCUUAUUGAUCUAGUGCUACUACAGGAGGAAACCUAAACUAACUUUAUUUAUACUUGAUAGCUCUAUCAGUUCUAAACUGUUAUCCCUAGAGGUCCAGUAAGGAUCAUCUCUUAUUGAUCUAGUGUUACUACAGGAGGAAACCUAAACUAACUUUAUUUAUACUGGAUAGCUCUAUCAGUUCUAAACUGUUCUCCCUAGAGGUCCAGUUAGCAUCAUCUCUUGUUGAUCCAAUGUUACUACAGGAGGAAACCUGAACUGAACUAACUUUAUUUAUACUGGACAGUUCUAUCAGUUUUAAACUGUUCUUCCUGGAGGUCGAGUGCGAGUCGUCUCUUAAAACCUAAACUACAGUUCUAAACUGUUCACCCCAGAGAUCCAGUAAGGGACAUCUCUUAUUGAUCCAGUGUUACUAUGGGAGUUACUAUGGAAAUAAACUCGAGUACUCGAAGAAAGCCAACUUCCUGAGAAAGGGUCUCUGUUCGAGUCAUUAACUAUCAAUUUUGAUUUUGAUUUUACUCUCAAUUCAGAUCACCUUCCCAGAGUUCCAAACCAGUCGAUCUCGAGGCAGGCCGAUAUUAUUUCGUAGUCGCUGUUCAAAAGGGAACAAGCUCAAGUGAUAGUCUUUCUGGUGGUGUUAAACUUCCCAGCGGGAGAUAUAUCCGGCCAUUGACAAAGGAAACACUACAGUGGAGACGGCCAGGUACGGGAUAUAUGGAUAAAACUAUCUUUAUCUACACUGGAUAGCUUUAUCGACUUUAUCAGUUCUAAACUGUUCAGCCUAGAGAUCCAGUAAGGAUCAUCUCUUAUUGAUCCAGUGUUACUACAGGAGGAAACCUAUUAAACAAAACUAACUUUAUUUAUACUGGAUAGCUCUAUCAGUUCUAAACUGUUCUCCCUCGAGGUCCAGUAAGGAUCAUCUCUUAUUGAUCCAGUGUUACUACAAGAGGAAACCUAAACUAAACUAACUUUAUUUAUACUGGAUAGCUCUAUCAGUACUAAACUGUUCAGCCUAGAGGUCCAGUAAGGAUCAUCGCUUAUUGAUCCAAUGUUACUACAGGAGGAAAGAUAAACUAAACUAACUUUAUCUUCACUGGAUAGCUCUAUCAGUUCUAAACUGUUCUUCCUAGAGGUCCAGUAAGGAUCAUCUCUUAUUGAUCCAGUGUUACCACAAUAGGAAGCCUAAACUAAACAAACUUUAUUUAUACUGGAUAGCUUUAUCAGUUCUAUACUGUUCUUCCUAGAGGUCCAGUAAGGAUCAUCUCUUAUUGAUCCAAUUUUACCACAAUAGGAAGCCUAUACUAAACAAACUUUAUUCAUACUGGAUAGCUUUAUCAGUUCUAAACUGUUCUCCUGACAAGCUUAAUGGGGGAAGCUAGUUUAUACUUAGUCAACCGAGAUUCAAGAUUCAAAUUAUUUAAAUCUUUGGCAUUUUCAUUAUUGUUAGGUAACCAUUACGCUGGUCUUGUCCGUGAAGUAUGGAAGGAUAUGGGUGGAUAUCAGGUGAUAGACCUCACUUCGAAUCCCAACUUCCCUAAUAAUCCCUCGAGUGUUGAAGUCAUUGAUAAUUUUGAUGCCCCGUACAAUGUGGAGGAUAAUUAUGGAUCGCGAGUGCGUGGAUACUUUGUGGCUCCAGAGACCGGAGAUUACAGGUAUGAGCAUUUCGUCUUAACUACAAUUCUCCGAUCCGAAUUCGUGUUAUCGAUUUUUAUUUUCGUAUUUGGAAAAGAUAUUCAUGCUAAAAUUAGUUUAUAUCGAAAAUUUCAUGUUUGGCGAUGCAGGGCGCGAGUUUUUUUAGGAGUCAGUUUUUCUUACCUUUCUUCCUCCCUUCGCUUUUUAAAUUUUAAAUUCCUUCCUCGCUUUUUUCCCUUGUUUCUACCUCUCUGCCAUCCUUCCAUGAAAUCUUCCAUGCUCAUUCUCCAAUGUUAUACCAAUCUCUCAUGUUUUCUUGCAGGUUCUACCUUGCUGCUGACAGUACAGGAGAGUUGUGGAUCAGUUCAGACGACAGUGAAACGAACUUACGUAAAGUCGUCUCCAUUACUGGUUGGACAGAUCACAACGAAUGGUUAAAGUGAGUAAAAGUUUUGAUAAUUUCAGACCAAUUUUGUUCCCUCUAGGCAGUUGUGUGAUCUCAAUUUCACCUCAGCCUCUUCACUCUUAUACUAGGAGAGUGCUCCACUUUUCUGCAAGUACUCUGAUUUUCCCUUGUAAUAACACUGAUUCAAUAAGAGAUGAUCCUUACUACACCUCUAGGGAGAACUGAUAGAGCCAUCCAGUAUAAAUAAAGUUAGUUUAGUUUAGGUUUCCUCCUGUAGUAACACUGGAUCAGUAAGAGAUGAUCCUUACUAAACCUCUAGGAAGAACAGUUUAGAACUGAUAGAGCUAUCCAGUAUAAAUAAAGUUAGUUUAGUUUAGGUUGCCUCUUGUGGUAACACUGGAUCAGUAAGAGAUGAUCCUUACUAGUCCUCUAGGAAGAACAGUUUAGAACUGAUAGAGCUAUCCAGUAUAAAUAAAGGUAGUUUAGUUUAAGUUUCCUCCUGUAGUAACACUGGAUCAAAAAAAGAUGAUCCUUACUGGACCUCUAGGAACAGUUGAGAACUGAUAUAACUUAAAGUAAUUAGUAAAACAAAUAAGGUAAUUAGUUUAGUUAUUUUCUUCUGCAGAAGUCUGUAACACCGGAUCAAUGGAGAAUACCGAAUAGCCCGUUCGACACUGACAAAUUCUUUAUGUUUUCAGGUACGCAGAACAAAAAUCUGAGAAAAUCGCGAUGAAAGAGGGCAGGUUUUACUACAUCACAGUGUAUCAGAAAGCAGAGAAACUAGGUGACUGUGCUUCGGUUGCUGUUGAGAUGCCGAGUGGCCAUUUUGAAGGUCCUCUUAAACAAAAACACUUGAGCUGGAAACUACCAGGUUGGUUGAGAAGAGCUGAAAUACUGUCUAUUAAAACAUACUUUGUGUACGCCAACCCGCGUGCACUAUCCAGCCUCGAAUUUGGUUCAGGCUUGAAUUUGGUUCAGAUAUUCAUUCCAAUAGUUUUUAUUUUGUGUGUAAUAUUCAUGUAUCUCUUUCGUUUGUCAAUUAAGAUGGCCGAACUGGACCAGGUCCCUCAUCGGAGUCAUCAGGUAUGUUUAACUUCAUUAAAGAAAUGAAAAUAAUUCGAUAAUUUGUAACUCAGUAAGAUUUAAGAUUAAGAUUUAAUUUCCAAAAGAGCAAUAACAACUGAAUUGCUCUGGAAUUACAUAGUAUGUGAAUGCAUUCUCUUAGCCUGUGUACAAACUGUAGCUCAGUUGGUUAGAGCGCUUCACCGGAAUCGCAGGGACCCCUUAUCGCAGGGAUUCCUUACAGGGAACAUGAGCGGCCGUGUUGUAUCGGAUAUACAAACUUGAGCCGAAGGCGAGAAUGGCUUAAAAAAUUACUCAUCUUAUGAGUUCAUUGUCGAAGUAAUUUUAAAAAUAAACGUUGUCUAAGCCGAGAAAAUCAAAGUUAAAGUUUAUGUAAAUCAACAUGAAUCUGUAUCACAUAUACAGACUCCUUCACGCCCAUGAUUUCUUUUGUGUUUUCGUCGUGAAUUAUUAAUGAGUUUUUAAAUAUAUAUAAAUUUCCACUCGAUAAUUCCAUCUACAAUACUUUUGUGCUGUCUGUACACAAGCUACAUCAUAGAAGAAUUUGAUAUAUUCCACUCAAUGUAUGAUAAACUUUUUUGUACUUUUUUAGCUUUGCCUAAACCUGUUGGUUUGUUUCCCUUGGAUAAGACAUUUGGUGGCAAAGAUGUCGUCAAUCAAGAGAAUGUCAUACUUAAACAUGUGCAAUUAACCACUGGACCUGAUGGUAAGAUUCCCUGGAUUUUUACUAGAGAUGAGUAGUAAAAACAAACAUCAGCGAAAUGGUGAAGCAUACCUGGUGAAGUAUAUUGAUCCAGUCCUAGUAUGAUUUGAAAUAUCACAUGCAAUGGAUAAUUCUCCGAUAUUUUCUUUUUUAUUUAUUUAGAACGUAAAACAGCUUACGAAUUUUCUGGCAACAAAGACUCUUAUAUUGAAAUACCCCAAACCAGCCACCUCGAUACUCAAUACUCUAUGACUCUGUUGGCUGCAAUAUUUCCCACUGGAAAGAAUGGUCCGAUAAUGCAUUACUCUGCCGAGAAGUGGGGCGUUCAUUUCUGGCAGUAUAAUGAAAAUCAACUGUUUGUCAGGUUUGUGACACGUGAUGGAGUGUUCACUCAACCUCUAGCAGCCAGAGUUUUACAG